AUGUAUUCAAAGACUCAAGCUUCAGAAAAUCACACUUCAAGCAACUAUUUCAUCCUUGUGGGGCUCUGAUCAAACAAAUAUGCAGUCUUUGUCUACACCUUAAGCUUUGUCUUCUUGAUGGCUGUAGCUGGGAAUGCUCUUCUCAUCCUCCUGAUCCACAGGGAUCCCUGCCUCCACACUCCCAUGUAUUUCUUCAUCAGUCAGCUCUCCUUUAUAGACUUCUUGCACAUAUGUGUGACAGUGCCCAAGAUGCUCUUGGACCACAUUACUGGAGAUAAUACAAUUUCCUUCUUAGGUUGUGGUGUCCAGAUGUUUUUCUAUCUGACCCUCGUUGAAGCUGAGGUUUUCUUUUUGACUGUCAUGCCCUAUGAUCGAUAUACUGCCAUUUGUAGACCACUCUAUUACCCACUUCUCAUGAACCAGAAAGUCUGCCAUCUCUUCAUGUUUGGAUACUGGUUCUUGGGAAUGUUUAAUGGUGUUUUGCUCACCUCAAUGACUAUGAGUUUACCUUUUUGCCAGUUCAGGAGAGUCAUGAACUUUUUCUGUGAGGCUCCUGCCCUGCUGAAGCUCUCCUGCUCUGACAUCUCCUUCUACGAGAGGUUCAUGUAUCUGUGCUGUGUCUUCAUGAUCCUCAUACCCAUUGUGAUUAUAUCUGUUUCAUAUACUGUUAUCCUGCAUCUCAUCCACAGCAUAAAUUCAACUGAAGGCAGUAGAAAGGCCCUGGCUACAUGUUGCUCCCACAUGGUAGUAGUGCUGCUCUUUUUUGGUGCCGGCAUAUACACCUACAUGUUCCCCAGAUCCUACCACACAAGUGAACAGGACAUGAUGGUUUCUGCUUUUUACACCAUCUUAAUGCCUGUGCUGAAUCCCCUCAUUUACAGCCUCCAGAACAAAGAUGUCACAGGAGCUCUGAGGAACAUGAUGCCAUCAGUGAUGACACUAAGAAAAGUUGUAAAUGGGAAAACCUAG